AUGACGUCAUUGGAAAUGUGGGCGCUUUUUGGUUUCGUUUUGCUGGCAGUGGCUGUGUACGUGUUGGUAGUGACAGCCUGGCUCUUUGCUCGCUGUAGGGGCCGUGGCAUGGCUGGAAAGCCUGAAGGAGACGAGCACAGCGAAGCUCCUGAGCCGCCCCGCGGUAGAACGGACGCCAGCGGACUGUGGGUCACGGAGGACGUCAGGGAAGCUGACCCAGGUGGGAGGACCCACCCUAUCUACAAGAAGCUGGCCAGCCUGAGCAGCGAGGUUAACUCCAUGAGCAGAGGUCAACUGAAGCAACGGCUGAGAGAUCUGGGCCUUGAGCCGCGGGGGACAGACACAAUCAUCAGCAAACGCCUCACAACCUACCUUCGAAGACAGGCCAUCUUGCAAGAGCCUGACCCUCCGUGGGAGCUGCAGAACUCAGUGCAGACCAACCCCUACGGUCUCCAGUACCUCCUGGUGCUGGACUUCGAGGCCACUUGUGAACCUGUCAACCCUGUGGACUAUGUUCAUGAGAUCAUAGAGUUCCCAGUUCUCCUCUUCAAUCUCAAGACACUCACCGUAGUAAGUCUUUUGUUCUCCGUGUCUCUGAGACUAUCAUGCUGCCUGCAGGAGGACAGGUUUCAUUCUUACUGCAGACCGUUUCUCAAUCCCAACUUGACUGACUUUUGCAAGAAUCUGACUGGCAUAAGACAGGACCAAGUCGAUAGUGCUCCGUAUUUCACCGAGGUCUUCAGAAAUUUCACCAAGUGGCUAGACGCCAGAGACCUUGGCAAUAAACUAAGGUUUUCACUUGUGACUGACUGUCCGUGGGAUAUCAAGGAGUGCCUGUUCCCACAGUGUGUCUUGUCACAAGUCGAGUUUCCACAAUAUGCCACCAAAUGGAUUGAUGCCAGAAAGCUGUUUGGCAGCUUCUACCGCACCAAGAGCGGGAACCUGUCCUCCAUGCUGGAGAAGAUAGGCCUCAAGUUCGAGGGUCGAGAGCACUGUGGACUUCAUGACUCUUUGAACAUAGCACGAGUGACUGAGAGACUCAUAAGAGACGGAUGUCUGCUCAAGUAUAAUAGGUUCAUGCCUCAGGACCUACUGGCCUCCUUUGACAAGAGCUAAUAUCAUCACCAUGCGUUAUGAUGUCAUGUACAUGAUCACUGGUGUUUGGGUUUAUGUCAGUUGAGGAGGUGGUUCAACUGGCAG